AUGGUCGGGGGAGCAUUCUGUCUCCUGGGCACUGUUUUGCAGACAGGAAAGUUGGACCCCCACUACCCAAAGGUGUGCGGGCACAGAGGGAAUGUCUUGGACGUCAAGUGGAACCCUUUUGAUGAUUUUGAGAUCGCCUCCUGUUCUGAAGAUGCCUCGAUUAAGAUCUGGAGCAUUCCCAAGCAGCUGAUGGCAAAGAACCUCACAACCUGCAGGAAGGAGCUGGUGGGCCACGCACGCAGGGUGGGCCUGGUGGAGUGGCACCCCACAGCCGCCAACAUCCUUUUCAGCGCCGGCUACGACUACAAGGUGAUGGUCUGGAAUCUGGAUACAAAGGAGGCUGUCAUCAUGAGCCCUGUGAGGACGAUUGACUGCCACCAAGACGUGAUCCUCUCCAUGUCUUUCAACACCAACGGCAGCCUGCUGGCCACCACCUGUAAGGACCGCAAGAUUCGGAUUCUCGACCCGCGAGCAGAAACAGUUCUCCAGGAGGCCAGCUACAAGGGACACCGGGCCAACAAGGUGCUGUUUCUGGGGAACCUGAAGAAGCUGCUGUCCACAGGAACAUCCCGAUGGAACAACCGGCAGAUGGCCCUGUGGGACCAGGACGACCUCUCUGUGCCUCUCACGGAGGAAGACUUGGAUGGCUCCUCGGGUGUGCUGUUCCCCUUCUACGAUGCGGACACCAACAUGCUCUACAUGGUGGGGAAGGGAGAUGGCAACAUCCGCUACUACGAGGUGAGCGCCGACAAGCCUCACCUGAGCUACCUGACUGAGUACCGCUCCCAUAACCCACAGAAGGGGAUCGGUGUCAUGCCAAAGAGAGGUCUCGACGUGUCCUCCUGUGAGAUCUUCCGCUUCUACAGGCUGAUCACAACCAAAAGCCUCAUCGAGCCUGUAUCCAUGAUUGUGCCCCGCCGGUCGGAAUCCUACCAAGAGGACAUCUACCCCCCAACUGCAGGGGCCCAGCCAUCCCUGACUGCGCAGGAGUGGCUCGGUGGAAUGAACAGAGGGCCAAUCCUGGUAUCCCUUAGGCCUGGCUCCGAGCUGCUGAGCCCCCGGCCACUGCCUCCAGAGAGAUCCGUCUUCAACUCUGUGGCCCCAGCCUCACCCCGGCCCUUGGACCAGACAGAGAAGCCAGCUGCAGAAGAUGGCUGGAGACCUUCCUUCCUGCUGGGAGAGAAGACGCCAAGGUGGGCAGCAGAACACAGGCUGGAGGAGAAGAAGUCCUGGCUCACAAACGGCUUUGACAUUUUCGAAUGCCCCCCACCAAAGACAGAGAAUGAGCUGCUGCAGAUGUUCUACCGGCAACAGGAAGAGAUCCGAAGGCUUCGCGAGCUGGUGACCCAGCGAGAGGUCCAGGCCAAACAGUUGGAACUGGAGAUCAAAAACUUGCGGAUGAGCUCAGAGCAGUUCUGAGCGGAGACCUCCGCCCUCCUCGCCCUCAGGGACACCACUGGGCUCCGUGGGGAGGUCCAGCACCAAACCACAAGUCCCCCGAGAACAACCACUAUUUCUAUAUUUUUUUAGCAGAAAACAAAACUCCCAGUCACUGAAGGAGAUUCCAGUGGGACGUGGUGCCGUUUUUUCUAUUUGCCUUCUUGCAACUACAGUUUCUGAACUUUAUUUUUAGAUGAUACCUGGCUUCUGUUUAAUUCUGUUGUUAAUGGUCCAUGAUGAGUGGUACCUUCUCAAAGGGAUAGAAUGUCAUACAGGGUUAGAGCUGGAAGG